AUGUACAACAACAUAAUAACUAAGAGUAAACCAUCAUUACUAUCACUAAAAUCUUUCUAUAGAUCAUUACGUAUUAGACCAAGGUUACUACCUUUAACUGGCAAGAAUCCGCAGAUCCAUUCAAAUCAUUCACUACAAAUAAUAUCAUCAUAUUCAAAAAUGACAGGUACUAGUAAGGCUGAUGUUACAGCAAUUAAGAAAAACUUCCCCUUAAAAAAAGUUGAGUCAGCAGUCUCAGUGGUCAGUUUACACCGUCAUCCAUUCAAAGUCACUGUUAUCGGUUCAGGUAACUGGGGUACUACUAUUGCUAAAGUGGUUGCCGAAAACACAAAGUUACAUCCACAUCUAUUUAAGGAAACGGUUGAAAUGUGGGUUUUUGAUGAAAAGAUUCCAAAAUCUAAAGAUAGUGAAGAAUAUGAAAUGUUGACCGAUAUAAUAAACACAAGACAUCAAAAUGUUAAGUAUUUGCCAGAUAUUGAUUUACCACAUAAUUUGCAUGCUAAUCCAGACUUACUUGAUAGUAUAAAAGAUGCCGAUAUUUUGGUCUUUAAUGUUCCACAUCAAUUUUUAGCUAAGAUUGUCGAAAAUUUGAAGGGACAUGUCAGACCACAUGUUCGUGCUAUAUCAUGUUUGAAAGGUUUCGAAGUUGGUAGAAAGGGUGUCCAACUAUUGUCUUCCUAUAUUACUGAUGAAUUGGGUAUCCAAUGUGGUGCUUUAUCAGGUGCCAACUUAGCCCCUGAAGUGGCAAGAGAACACUGGUCUGAGACCACCGUUGCUUAUCAAUUACCAAAGGAUUUCAGAGGUGAAGGAUAUGAUGUUGACCAUCGUAUUUUGAAGAUUUUAUUCCAUAGGCCGUACUUCCAUGUUAAUGUGAUUGAUGAUGUGGCAGGUAUUUCCAUUGCGGGUGCUUUGAAGAAUGUUGUUGCAUUGGCAUGUGGUUUUGUUGAAGGUCUGGGAUGGGGGAACAAUGCCGCCGCUGCUAUUCAACGUGUCGGUCUUGGUGAAAUCAUCAAAUUUGGUAGAACAUUCUUUCCUGAGUGUAAAGUUGAAACAUACUAUCAAGAAUCUGCAGGUGUUGCUGAUUUGAUCACGACAUGUUCAGGUGGUAGAAACGUUAAAGUUGCCAAGCACAUGGCUAAGACAGGUAAAGAUGCAUUUGAGAGUGAAAAGGAGCUUCUGAACGGUCAAUCUGCACAAGGUGUUAUUACUUGUAAGGAAGUUCAUGAAUGGUUAGACACUUGUGAAAUGACACAAGAAUUCCCAUUAUUUGAAGCUGUUUAUCAAAUUGUUUAUAACAAUGUUCCAAUGAAGAACCUACCUGAAAUGAUUGAAGAAUUAGAUUCUUUUGUUACUGAAGACGAUUAA